AUGCAACUUAAAAAUGAAUUGGAUCUGCUGUUCUGGAGUAGUGAACUUCUCUUUACUUUGGCACAACUGAGACAGUUCCCAAAAGUGUACUGGAUCUGGAAUCACAGGAUUUGGGUUCUUGAAAACCACUUGGAUUCAUCUGUCAAUAUAUGGAAGGAAGAACUAGUCAUGGUCAGCAAGCUUCUGAAAAUAGAUGCGAGAAAUUUUCAUGGUUGGCUUUACAGAAGAAUCAUUGUGAGAAAGAUAGAGCAGCUAACUGGUGAAAAGAAGUUAUUCGAAGAAUUGGCAUAUACUACAGAGAAUAUAAAUAAUAAUAUAUCCAAUUUCUCGGCAUGGCAUCAAAGAACGGUGCUCCUUUCCAAAAUCUUCGGUGAGAAUGAAAAUGAGAGUAAUGCGAAAAUGAUUCAUGACGAGUUUGCAUAUAUUACGAAUGCCAUGUUCACCGAUGCAGAAGAUCAAUCCGUUUGGUUCUACAUUAAAUGGUUUAUAAAAAAUAAAGUCGUACGCGAAACUUUGGAACCUUCAGAAUAUGCUAGAUUAUUGCAAGAACUACACAGCAAUGUCGUAAUGAUUAACCAGGACGACCUCGAAUUUUCAGGUAAAGAGAAUAACUGGUGCUUGAAGAUACUGAUUGUAUUGGAUGAUGUACUCAAAAAUAUCGGUAUUGAGACAUGUAUUGAGAAAAAAAAGUGCCUGGAACAAUUAAUUAAUGCUGAUCCAUUGAGAAAGAAUAGAUACCUAUGUUUAUUAAAUGAUGGGCAAUGA